AUGAUUCUCGGAUUCCUGGUCGCAGGCCUAAGCCAGGCUGCUGUGGCUGCAGCGGCCCUACAAAUCGUCCCGGGUGCUACGUGGACGGCGGCCGGCACCAACCAGCAUGUCCAGGCUCAUGGUGGAGGGAUUAUCGAAGUUGAUUCGACGUACUACUGGAUUGGCGAGAACAAGCUGGAUGGAAGCGCCUUUCAGUCCGUCAAUUGCUACUCGAGCAAGAACCUCGUAGAGUGGACAUUUGUCGGGGAGCUCCUUUCCCGGCAGAGCAGUGGAGACCUCGGCCCCGAUCGCAUCGUCGAGCGACCGAAGGUGAUCUACAACGACGCCACAUCGAAGUAUGUAUUGUGGAUGCACAUCGAUAGCAGUGACUAUGGCGAGGCAAAGACCGGUGUUGCGACAUCUUCCAGUGUUUGCGGCGCAUAUGAAUAUUUGGGAUCGUUCCAGCCUCUCGGAUAUCAAUCGCGAGAUAUGGGUCUUUACAAGGACGAUGAUGGUACAGGAUAUCUUUUAACUGAGGAUCGUCCGAAUGGUCUGAGGAUCAACAAACUGACAGAUGAUUUCACCAACGUCACCGAAACGACUCAUCUCUUUCCAGAACAUGUGGAGGCUCCGGCUUUAUACAAACAAGGCGGAGUAUACUUUUUAUUUGGAUCUCAGUUAACAGGAUGGUCCAACAACGACAAUAAAUAUGUUACUGCAACAAAUCUCAGUGGGCCCUGGACAGACUGGGAGGACUUCGCGCCAAGUGGAGCCAACACGUUCGAGUCUCAAACGACUUUUGUCCUGGGAGUCGGCGACUCUGUCUUGUACAUGGGCGAUCGCUGGGACUCUUCGAAUCUCAUGAGAUCGACCUAUAUUUGGCUACCCUUAACAAUUGAAGGCACCACUGCUACUUUGAGCAACGAAGCAGCCUGGGUACUACCACUUGAUGGGACAUGGUCCUCGGCAGGGGAUGGAACCAGCUACGAAGUGGAGUCAUCUGACACUGCCCUUUCCAAUGGUGCCAAGAUUAUUUCCUGCAGCGGCUGUUCUGGCGGAAAGUCUGUCGGCUACAUUGGUGGCCCUGAUGGUGGAACGGCGGAAAUCAGCAACGUGGCCAGCGAGGCGUCAACAGAUACCACUAUCCGUCUCCGGUAUGCGAACGGAAACAAUUCCCAGCGCUUCGCGAAUGUCACGGUCAACGGUGAAUCUCAUGUACUCGCGUUUCUGCCUUCUGGGAGCGGGAAUACGCCUUUCACCUCGGCCCUUCAUACUACUCUCGAGAAGGGUGACACACAUAUCAUCACGUUCAGUGCGUACGAGGAAGGAUGGGGUCCCGAUCUUGAUCAAUUGGUCAUCUCGGCGUAG